GGAACGGCAGCCGGGCGAGCGCCGGGUCGCGAUCACGUCCAAGAGACGCGCCGCCGCCGACGUGCGAGAACGCCAAUGGAAAUAUGUGAGCCACGAGACUAAUUGCAAGUCGUACACGUAGGCGGGUCACGCGCGCGCACGCGGGAUAAAAGUCGCGUGUCGCUUGGUUGCGGUAAUCCGAUAACGCGGUCGACGCCGGUCAUCGCCGAAGUCCGCUAGCGAUCGAUCACCGGCGGCCGCGAGACCGGAAGUGUGAUCCCGUCGGACGAGAGAGACCGAGUUCACCGUUCGUUGAAUGGAGUAAUGAGCGGGGCCCCUGCGCGGGGCACAGUGCCCCGUCGUCAAAGACGCCAUCAUCACCAUCACCAUCACCACCACCAUCAUCAUCAGAAGCAUCAGAAGCGCGUCCGGGACGAAGCGCCGCGGGACGAGCCCGAGGAGAAGCGGCCCAAGAUCAACCCGAUCUUCCUGUGGGCGUCGCAGCGCGAGCAGAAGAUCGUCGAGGUGAGAUGCGAGGACUACGACAAGCGUAAUCGCAUCAAGCUGACCAAGACCGCGCAAGGAUGGCGCUCGAUACCGCGCACCACGUCCAACGGGUACACGAUCGCCCUAGCCGCCGCCGCCGCCGCUUGCAAGAAGACGGCGCCGACGGGCAUGGCCGACGCGUCGUCGUCGGCCUCCUCGGUCUCGUCCAACGACGAGAAGGAGAACGGCAAGGGGUGCCUGCAAGAGCCGGCGGGCGCGACCGCCAGCUCCCUUCGGUGCCAUCCGCGAAUGUAUUCGUCGAGCGGCGCGACGAACGGUUUGCUUACUGGCGAAGGCGCAGGCAGAAACAAGCUGCGGGAUUACGAUGAGGAGACGAAUCGACGUGGCUACUCCUCCCCUUUGGGAGCGCGCGACGAGAUCAACGACGACGACGGCGGGGAAAAGAAUGGCGAGGAGGGUAAGAAUCGCGAGCACGGCAAGCUCAAGGAUCGUCUGUCCGGCUUGAAGAAUAAGGACAGGCUGCACGGCUGGAUCAACCUGCAGAGAUUGCAGAUGGACAAGCUGUUCCAGCCGCGCGUCGUGCUGGAGCUGCUGCAACUGUCGCAACUGCCGGAGAGCGCGCAUCAAAAUGUCGUUCGCCACACGAGAAAUAAGGACGCGACGGCGAGCGAGGCGAGGCGGAUAGAGGAAAGUAACGAGCGGGACGAGGGCAACGCCGUGGCGGAAGAAGAAGACGAGGAAAGAGAGGAAGAGAUGGACAACGAGGAGGUGGAGGAGGAGGAGGAAGAGGAGGACGACGACGAGGAGGACGAGGAGGACGAGGAGGAGGAGAGCAGUGAGAAAUCGAAUCGGAUGAACAAGGCGGGUAUUCAGGAUAUAUUGAACAUGAUAGACGCCACGGCCUCGCCCGUUCUCGCCGCUGACACUCCCAGCGCCGAUCUGCCGAUGGACUCCACCAAGACUUACCAGGAGGUCCUCGACGAGAAGCAGUGCGCCGAGAGGCAGCAGGUCAAGGACGCGAAGCUCGACGAUACGAAGGCUCGAACGAGGAGCAUAUCGAGUUACGAGACCGAGGCGGUCGAGCAAGACGACGAGAUCGACGAUAAGCUGGAGGUGCACGAGGAAAAGAUCCUGGAGGAUUGCUGCCUGCAGGAGGAGAUGGAAGACAAGAAGAUCCGGGUGGAGGACAAUCUCGGGCUUCUCUCGCUGAAGACUAACGCCGAGCUGACUCCGAAUUCCUGCAAAGUCGCCGAGGCCGACGGCGGUUUCGUCCUCGACCGACCGAAAUGCGGCUCGGACUCCACCGUCGCGUGGCUGCCGAGCGUACCGACCGAGGAAGAGGAAGCGCCGGACGAACCCGGCGAGCCGUUGAAGCUCGAUUACGACAGCUCGAAGAUCCUCGACGCCCUGAGAAACACGCCGGGGCUCUCGGUGUCCGUAAUGAGGAACCACGCGUCUGAGGUCGGCAAGAAUCCGAUCGUGCCGCCUGCGAGGCCACCCUCGAAGGCGUCCUCGUCGAGCAGAUCGCCGGAUUCUCAGGCGGAAUGCGCCGAGAAGCUGCUGAAGAACGCGAACGACUUUGGCCGCGGCGGGUCGCCUCGCAAUCUGCCAGGUCUAUCGAUCGUUAUACCGAGCUACCGCUACAAAAGUGUCUCCGGUCAGCUAACAGCCUCGCCGAACACGAAGCAUCGCGUCGAGUCGCCCGAGAGCACCGUAAGUUUCAACAAGACCGACGUGUAUCCGGAGGAAAUGAAGCUGGACGGUUUUCCCCACGAGGAGGACGGAGACGAGGAGGAAGACGAGGACGACUGCGACUCGCAAGUUUUAGAAGAUCUCAGGCAGCAGAAGGCGGACUCGCUCGCGUACGACGGUGUCGACGCGGAUUACUACAACGGGCCUGGUGCCAGAGGCAAUCAGGAGGAUCGCAAAACCCCGCUGGAGAGCACGAAGGGCGAUCACGCCUGGAUCGGCUCUGGUAGGAACAGCGAGGCGCAGGCCAAAGGUAAAUAUCAAGAUCUCGAACACUUUGACGAGCAGGUCCUGGAGGAGCUGCGAUCCCGCGGCACCGUGGUCUCGCCGCAGCCCAGCGGCAUUCCCUGUUCUCCCGCGUCCAGGAGACCGUCGUCGGCGUAUCUCGAGAGGCUACUCCCUAGUCCGCCGUGUUCGGUGACCUGCUCGGAGGACGCCAAGAGCGAACUGACGUUAAAGAGCAUCUUGGCCUCGUCCAGCUGCGCGGAUCCGCGGGACUACGAGAGGGCGAAAGAGAUCGUGCCGAUCCGGUCCGAUCAGAGCGUCGAUCAGCCCGUUUCUCGACCCGUGCACUCGAGCGCCGAUAGGAACGCGAGAAGGACUAAUCAGCGCAGCUUCCAGGAACGUCUGAACGUUCACAGUCAGGAGGCGAGGAACUCGGGCAGGCCAAUGUCCAGCGGCGACAUCCACAGUACCUUUUACGCGACGACGGAACAACGCGCCGCACCCAAGAGACCGAUGUCUGCCGAGUGGCAGUCGGCGGUCGGGCAACGGCAAAAGAGCCAAGCCGCCUAUUACCAAAAAGCCGUUGGUAAAACGAGGGGCCACUUGACCGAUCAGGACCAGAUCGCCUGUCCCACGUCCAGCAGCACGGACAAGUUCUUGGAUCCGGCCAGACAGCUCCGCGAACUGGUCGAGACUGUCGGCCACCUGAUCCCCGAUCCUCUCCUAGUACCUCGCGACUAUCUGCCAGGUCUGGCUGCCGCCCCGGCGACAGAAAUACCCAAGUUACUGGCCAGCAGGCCCGAGCUCAGGCUACCCGAGGCCCUCACCAGGCCCGACCUUCUCCGGGAUCCCGAUCUGCUCGUGAUAUCGCUGGCACAUCUGCAGCAUGUACUGGACCACGGCGAAGGCCCAGUCUCCAGGUCGCGGCACUCGCCACCGCAGCAACCUAAAGCACCGGUCAACGGCGCCAUUAACAAAGGAACGUCCGGCACGACGAGCGGUAAUGGCGCGAGGAGCAGCGGACUCUCCGGCAACAUUGUCACCGGCAGGCCCAAACUCAGCUGCAAGCCGAUCUGCACGCUGAUGCCGAUGCAGCCUAUAGACCUAUCGAACGGCGGCCGAUCGCGCGUCAACCCCUAUUCGUCCUUGCUUAGAGUGCGCAGUGGGCUGCUGAAGCAGGAACCGGAAGUGAGCUCUACCGCGAGCUCGCCGGACGAGUCGCAGCUAUGGCAUCCGUUGUUUGGCAGCCAAAAGAGGCAGCUGCAGCAGCAACAACAACAGCAGCCGCAGCCG